AUGACACAACCACCCAAAGAGUCCUGGUGGCAGAAGCUGCGGCGCGGCUCGGCGCCCCCAGUCGACCCGGCCAGCGUCAACGAGCUCGUCGCGCUCGGCUUUCCCUCUGACGCCGUCGUAGCCGCGCUGAAGAAGAGGAACGGCGACCUCGAGAUGGCCAAGCACCAGCUCUACCACGACAAGGGCAACCACCGCGAGCCCGAAGACAACCCCGGGUGCAAGUACAAGGCCCAACAGGAGUCGGCCGACAGGCUGCGCAAGGCCGACCAGAAGGCGCAAGAGGCCGAGCGCGAGCGCGCCAAGAUGCGCAACGCGGUCGACUACGCCAAGUACCAGGACAACCGCGGCGCGAGCGCCUAUCUGCCUCCUCAGGACCGAUACAACCGUCGGAAGGUCGUCGGCAUCCAGAGCGAGUCAGAAUUCGCGGCGGCAGCCAACAGUGGGCUGCAUAGAAAGUACGGCAGCUAG